AUACGAGAAAACACUAUUUCCGUGUAAAAGCCCGGCGACUGAAGAAGUAAGGGUAGCAUUAAAAAAUAAUAAUUUUAGGUUAGCGAAGAUCGGACGUCAGCGAACAAUUAUUCCUAAUAAAUCAUCUAUUACGUAAAAAAAAAUAGCCUGAAAUAUCAGAUCCGACGAAUAUGCCUGAUUCUCCAGACAGUAACGUGAAGGUGUCGGCCUCUAGUGGAAAUAUAGCAGGAACAGUAAUAAAUCACAAAGUCGUAGCUGCACAUGGCAUGAAUGGCAAUCACUCUCCUCAUGCUUCCACUGUAGGGGGGACCCCCUCUCCUCCAGUCGUAAGUCAUGCUUCAAACUUUCCUAUACCUUCAACUGCAUCUAUGACCAGUCAGGGAGAUGGGAAUUCUUCUGGUGUCCGUCAGCUCUGUAAACUCAGACGGUUUCUUACCACUCUUCAGCAAUUCGGCAGUGAUAUAUCUCCUGAUGUUGGAGAAAGAGUACAUAAUCUUAUAUUGGGACUUGUAAAUUCCUCAAUUACAAUUGAAGAAUUCCAUCAGAAGAUUCAGGAAGUGACGAAUUAUCCUCUUCGUCCUUUUGUCAUUCCUUUCCUUAAGUCCCACCUACCAUUGCUACAGACUGAACUCUUACAGUUUGCUAGACAUGCCAAACAAUCACCUCAACAGUACCUUCGGCAGCACGAGCAGACAUUGCUUGAUAGUUCAGUGCCCCUUAAUGGUGAACCUUUAGAAAUAUUUCAAACGGAGACAAAAGAAAAUGGGAAAAGACGCAGUCCUUCAGAUGGACGAUCCAAAGAAAAUGAUUACAGCGAUAGAAUGUCAGAAAGUCCACCAUCAGCAAAACGACAUCAACCCUUGCCCAGUCCUACAAUGGGGUCGAGGUUAAGCCCUGGGGGAACAAAAAAUCAUAUUCAUCCGGGUAUGAAUUUUCGGUUUGAUGAGCCCGGAAACAUGUACAGAACAAGAGAAAGGGAUCGUUAUGAGCGAUAUGAACGUUUUGAGAGAGAUUUCCAUAGGCCUUACAAUGGCACCUUACCCAGGGAUUUUGUUGAGGAUAGAGAGAUGGAAGAAGAAUGGAAGAAUAUUCAUACGAUGCUUAAUUGUAUUUUGGGAAUGGUGGAGAAGACCAAACGUGCUCUGGCCAUUUUGCAACAACGGAGUCAAGUCGAUAGAGGUGAAUUUAGUUUGUGGGGCCGACGACACCUAGAUGGAUCUGAUUUUGAGUUAAAGAAACAGACUGGAGAUAUCAUGGUUCACUAUAAAUCUGCCGAGGAAAGAGUAUCAGAAGUUAGAAGACGAGCAGAAGAAGCCGUCAAUGAAGUCAAGCGACAAGCUGUUGCUGAGCUACAGAAGGCCGUUUCUGCAGCAGAAACCAAAGCAAGCGAACUAGUAGCAACAGAAAGGGCAAAGAUGGAGAAGCUAGUUGGAGAAGCAAAGCGUCAAGCAACAGAAGAAGCUAUAUCCAAUGCCAAUAAACAAGAAGAUUGUACUGAGAACUGCUGGAACUGCGGUAGAAAGGCUAACGAGACCUGCAGUGGAUGUAAUGUAGCAAGAUAUUGUGGUUCGUUCUGUCAACACAAGGAUUGGGAGAAUCACCAUAGAAUAUGCGGUCAAGGAUCAAGUCCAGCAACGGUCACUUCAGGCGGAAGUCAUAUUACACAAGUCUCUAUCAGUACGACUACUAUCUCUUCAACAACACCAACUCCAACGGGAAAGAGAAGUCGUAGCCCUACAGUUGUGAGUGAGCAGAAAAGCCGGUGAAUUAAGGAGCUACACUUCUCAGUCAUGUUCAUUGUAAGAGAAAACGAGAAUGAAAAGAAUUUAUACUUAUUCUGAACAUAACAAUAUCACCGUGCGGCGUUGUAAUGUUUGUGUCAAGACAAUAACAUUAGCAAAAAGUCAUAAAGAUAUUUAAUUAAACAUGCUUAUUAGUAUGGUAAUUUUGUUAACUGAUUCAAGUUAGAAGUAAAAGGAUGUUUAUAUAGCUAAUACAGUUUCUUCUCCUAAAUCCACAAAGAUGGAUAAAAUGAGGAAUUUGAUGUAUACUUGGAUAUUGUUUGUCUAAUAACAUUUAAACAAAUGUCCACUAAAUAAGACGUGGUUGACAAAUUAUAUGUUAGCUUAUGUAAGCGCUACAGUCUGUUUAGUUCGACAUUGAGUCUAAUCAGGGUUAGCUGAUAUUAAGCUCAACCAAAGCUGGUUGGCGUUGAGUCUAAUCAUGAUUAACUGAUGGUCAUUUACACAUAUUUCAAUUGUACAGUGUCAUAGAUUAUAGUAUAUUCAUCACCAUCAUCUCGUGAUAGAACCUGUUAUCUGCUCAUAGUUGUAUUUAUUCCGGAAUUUGCUUGUUUUAAUGUACACGUGUAGCCCUACAUCCCUCAGUAAUUUCCUGCAGUCAUUAAUGUACGUGCAGUAUCCUAUAGUCCUAGUACUAUGUGGUGCAGGAAAACGAGUUUAUCGUAAGUAUGUUAGAUAUAGGACAUCGCCCCUAGUCAUGCUUCUCUUAACAUUAUUAGUCUGAAAGCAUCCUCAUGGUGGAGUCACUCUAGUCAGUCUUUGCCGAAAAUCAAAACUCGCAGAUGAAUACAAGUGUUGAAGAUGUGUUGGGAGUUCUCCGAUUUUAUGUUCCAGUUAAGUUGUAUAGAACAAUUCUACCGUUUCAUUAUGAUAUUUUAUUUUGAAGUAGAAGAAAAAAAAGUCUGCAUUAUUUUGUUUUGUUUUAUUUUAAGAGGACAUCAAUCUCACGUUUACUUUUAAAUACAAAUUCACAUAAAUUGUGGUAUGAAGCUUGAGAAUGUAUUUAUUUAGGACAAUAGUAAUGCAAUUUUAUUUAAAGAAAAUAUAAUAGGGUUAAAAUAAAAAGAAAGACUAGCUUUAUCUUUUCAGGACGAAAUUAUUAUGACAGUCUCACAGAGCUGUGUAUAUAUAACUUCCAUAGGUGGCCGCACAAUAGUAGUGGUACUUCUGUGGUCAUCACGUAUUCUUUAAAUUAAUUAUACUGGAAAUGUAUGAGCCAGUAAAUGUAGAGAAGAAAAGGAACCUGCAAAAAAUGUCCAGUUAUUUUUGGCAAAUGUACUCCUUCAUCACCUCUUAGAUGCUGUAUAGUUUAAAGUAUUUUCAGUAUAUUUCCCCUUUGCUGAAAUCUCGCAUGAAUUUUCAUUUCGAAUAUUCAAGGAAUCUAGAAUUAGCGUGUUUCUUCAUUUUUUAUUUUCCAUAUUUUAUUAAGAUUUCAAAGUUCCAAGCAAUUGUUAUGCAGGCAAUUAUUUGUUGUAUAUCGAAGAAUUUAUUUUGAUUCUUUUGUUUUCAUUUAUGGUAUUUUGUAUCAAGUCGAAACAGUGUUAUAUUUUGUAUUUGUUCUUAUAUAUACAGUAUUACUGACACAUAGUGCCAUGUAAAUUGUAAACAUAGUUACAAAAAUAAUGGAAGAAGUUAUAUUGUACCAAAGCAUCAAUUUAGUUUUAAAACUUUUACUCAUGUUAACCUCUUACACUUCAGGCAAAAAAACAAAAAAAAUACUAGAUGACUCUUUAUAGUUUGUAAUGAUGAUGAAUUAUUGUAGUGAAGAGUUUUUUUUUUUUUUCGUGGGAGACAUUGGACAGUACAUUUUCAGUCCAAUUCUGCAAGUGAAAUCUAAAGAUGUUUUAGUGAUUAUUGCAAAUAUAGUUUACAGGAGAAAUUGAGCUGGUGAAAAGUGUUUCAGAAUAAAGCUGAAUGUGUAAGAUCCGUUUCGUACCUUAAAAAAAAUACCAAAGCAAAUUUCUUAUAUAAUGAGAGACUUAGUCUCUGGAAAAUGUAUGGGAA